AUGCAUUGGAAAGGCCUGCGACUCGUCGCCGAUGGCAGCUCCAAACGUCAAAGCACCAUUGAACCGCCAACGCAGGCCCGACGCAGCGAGCACCUUCCUCGUCCCUCUCCGCCUGAGACCGAACCACGACACUCCGAAGCUUUGUCUCGAUCGCCCGGCCUUGAUAUGCCAGUCGACGUACGUGAUGCCAAGCGAGGGGUUGACGCUCUAGCAGAAUCAGGGCCGGACCAUGGGGUAGCUCCGACGGACUUCGCUGGGGAGUCGUCGUCGGGCCUGUCGGCAGACACGCCGAGUCUUCGCAGGAAUCGCUUCAGCUUCAUGAGAUUACGCCAUGCUUCAGAUCCUCAACUAUCUAAAAGCUACGCCAAGGCUGCUCGGGAUACUCCCCCCGCUCCGACAAUCAUCACCACCGCCCCCACAAGCAACGAGCUCGAUCAACCUGUCAAACAACGAAGCAAGCUCAACUUUUUCCCCCUACGGAAACGCUCAAUGGAGGAAUUGACCCGAAACUCAGUGGAGAAUCCGAGAACACAGCCCGCACGGAAGUCCCAGGGAUCUACGGACUCCCAAAUCGACGAAUCUACUCUGUCUACCUCUCAAAACGCCCCGGAGGAGCCAGGGAGACUGUCUACAACAUCACGACACAGUGGCAAUCAAGACCAACUCAAUGAUUCGCAUCGCACGUCUGUCGUCGAUCCACGGUUCUCAGAGUCCUCGAGGUCGGAUCAAAGCUAUGGUGACCAGACAUUUCGAACAAACUCCCCUCGCGAGGGUCAGGCAUCUACAUCAACCAACAAACGCUUCCGCAUGCCACGUCUGAAGCGGAACCGAAGCCCCCUUUUCCCUUUACCACCCAAGCCUACUCCCGCAAGUCGUGCCUUAGACAAUGCGCCCAAAUUCCCACCGGCUGAAACUCCCAAGUCCCAAGGCUCCGAUGAAGGGGAUCAGGUCUCCCCUCUACCCUCGCCGUCUCGUUCCUCAGUGGGACUGGCCCCAACAGCUGCUCCGCCUCUAUUCCGUAAUGAUUCCACAGCCUCUGCCCGCUCUGUGCGUUCCACUCCAUCCUACAAAGGCGGACGAGGCCGGUCCUCUACGAUGGGAUCUCUGGCCGAAAACCAGGAAGAUUUGUCUCCACCACCAUACCUAGCAUCAUCCUCGCGAACCUCCACAUCAACGACCGGUCGAAAGAGCUUCGGUGACAUCUUCAACAUCUCACAACGAUUGAGGCAGAACUCAGAACCACCUCCCCGCGAUGGUUCGACAGGCAUCGGCGGGGCAGCAACACCUGAUGAUACAGCAGCGAGCUAUUUGACCAAGCUCGAGGAGCACCUGCCUCGAGGUGUGAUUGGUGGCAUUCUAGCUCAGUCCGAUGACGAAUUCUACAAGGUCGGCUUGCGUAAGUACAUGCGAUCAUUCUCAUAUUUCGGGGAUCCUAUCGACAUGGCAAUUCGCAAGCUCUUGAUGGAGGUUGAAUUGCCGAAGGAGACACAGCAGAUUGAUAGGUUCUUGCAAUCUUUUGCUGACCGUUACCACGAGUGCAAUCCAGGCAUUUUUGCCUCUUCCGACCAAGCAUACUUUAUUGCAUUUUCAAUCUUGAUAUUACACACGGAUGUAUUCAACAAGAACAACAAGCGAAAGAUGCAGAAGCCUGAUUAUGUCAAAAAUACUCGUGGCGAGGGUAUUGCUGAAGAGAUCUUGGAGUGCUUCUACGAGAACAUAUCAUACACCCCUUUCAUCCGUGUCGAAGACGCCAGUCUUCGUGAUCGCCAAAUGCCCAAGCCUCGCCGCGCUCUUUUCAACAGCCCUAGCUCGGAGAAUUUGUCACGUAUGGCGAGGGAGCCUGUUGACCCUUACACGCUCAUCAUGGAAAACAAAGUUGAUUCAUUACGACCAAGUCUCAAAGAUGUUAUGGACCUUGAUGAUACAUACAGUCACUUUGGCACUUCAGGACCUCCUGAUAUGGAAGAUCUUCAUCAAGCCUUCACCAAGGCUGGCAUUUUACAAAUUGUGUCUUUACGGUCCCGACCCGAUGCUUUCAUGCAGACAAGUCUGGAUAAUCCAGCCGGAUCACAUCCUGGCCUUGUGGACAUCAAGGUAGCCAAAGUUGGCUUGCUCUGGCGAAAAGACCCCAAGAAGAAGAAAACCAGGUCGCCGUGGGGGGAGUGGGGAGCGAUCCUCACUUUUUCCCAGCUCUACUUCUUUCGUAACAUCACAUGGGUGCGAUCUUUAAUGGCGCAAUACGAUGCUUACGUGAGGAAUGGACGACAAGGCACAUUGGUCUUCAGACCGCCCCUUGCUGACUUCAAGCCGGAUGCCAUCAUGUCGACAAAUGAUGCAGUUGCCUUGCUAGAUAGCAGCUAUAAGAAACACAAGCACGCAUUCUCGUUCGUUCGACACGGUGCACUAGAAGAGGUCUUCCUCGCUUCAACGGAGCCUGAGAUGAAUGAUUGGAUUGCGAAGCUCAACUAUGCUGCGGCGUUCAGGACCACAGGUGUCCGCACCAAAGGCAUGAUUGCCACAAACUAUGAAGGCCAACGCUACCGCAGAAGUCAGCGGGUGGGAUCCCAAUCCUCGCUUGCAUCACUCGAAGCGGCUGACAAAGAGCCCAAGUCUCCGUCUAUUGACACUGACAUUGUGGCUGGGUUUGUCGCUGCGCGCCAGGAAUUGAUGACGCAAAAAAUCCGUGAGCAAAACGAGAAGUUGUUUGUCACCUACAAGCAGCUGGAUGACCUCCUACGAGAUGCCCGUCACUUGCAGAUCCUAGCUCCGGUUCAUCCCCGGGCUCGCGAGGGAGUGAUCAUGGCCGCCGGACGCAUAGCAGCAAAGCUCAAGUGGGUUCGACAGGACAUCUGGCGCAACAAGUGCUACCGUGAGGUUCUUUUGCGGGAUCUUGGGGAAGUUGGAAGUCUUGAUGAGAGAAGCGGGUCGGUUGCUGAUGAGACAAUCUCUUCCUCGGGUCCAGCUCGACUGGCUUCUCCCUCGAGACCUUCGCUUAGGUCCGAUGCUAGUGUGCAUCGUGCGCCUAGUGUGACUCGCCCGGUCUCUAGCCAUGACACCAAUGAGCCAACCUCGGCAUCUUCUGAACGCCCAAUCGAGUCCGGCUUGCUCAAGCAACCCUCUAGUGACGAGAUGCGCCGCCCAAGUAUCCCAGGCUCGACUACUUCUUCCGACUUUGGCCGCGUUGGGCGGCCACUUUCUGUCGCUAUUCUUUCUGAACAAGGCAGGUCCGAGACGUCUGCUGGUCGAAUGGAACGUGACGCUUCCGUACUUAGUCGCGGUAGCAAAUUCGAUGGUGCCAGUCUCGGCUCUCGGGCAUCGAAAGUCACCUCCCCGGCCAGUUAUGACGAUGGCGAGGAACGAUUUCUCAGAGAAACGGGUCUUCUGGACCUCAGCGGCUCGCCCCCGCCGAAGAAACAGCCUACGCCUGUGCCUGAAGCGGACGCCGAGGACAUCCCGGACGAAAUCUCGGAGGUCUCUCAUAGUGAUAAUAAGCCGAGCCGAGUACGUCGCAGCCUGCAUCGUACCCUUCGUGAACCACACGUACAUCGGCACCAGUCGCGCACCAGUAAGAAGAACAGAGAAUCGGUGUCUAGCAUUGGGGCUCUUGACGACAAUGAGAGCAUCACUGAAGGUGAAGUCCUGUCUCGCAAAUCACCCAGUUUCACCGUUCACGGCAAGAAGGCUUCUAUCGUGACUUUCGGCUCCGAAUGGCAGAACAUGUCCCCCGAGGAACGGCUCAAACUUCGAAAGCCCACUCAUGAAGAGCCUCGGGCUUCUGAAUCUGCUAUACUCGGUGGUGCGAGCCAGAUAGCUCCAGAUAGUUACACUGGUGAUCGGCCAUACUCCGUCCGCAGCGCAAGCACUACCACCGGCGUCAGCCUUCUCAGCGGAGAUGAGCCUAUCGAAUUUUUCAGAGACGCACAAGAAAACCUCGACGACUCAUCAGAAGUCCAGUCCCCAAAAAGUACUGCUGCUAGCCCAGGCUCUGUCCCAGAGCAACCUCUCUCGGAGAAAGAGAACACAAUCCGCUCAACAUCCGGCUCCGGCUCCGUAAUCCACCACGGCCACCUAACGACAUCCACCGACGGCCAAACCCCUCCAUCACCAUCCUCCACCUCUCUCAACGAACGACGAGCCGUCAACACCCCCUCUUCCGAGAACCUGCGCCAACAAGCCGUUGGCGCCUGA